UAUAGCCUCACGCAUAUAAUUCUCUUUCUGAUUUAAAUAUCGAAGGGGUAACGAACACAUAUCUCGUUGUCUUUGUUGCAGGUAUUCAAAGAUCGUUCGUGUUCAUCAAAGUUCGAAGUUCGAUCAUCAAGUUCGAUAUCUUUCAGGCAGUAAUUUUUGGUAGCAUCAUUACCAAAUUCUAAUCCUUAUCCCUUUUACUCCUUCAUGCUGCUUGUGCUAUGGAUGAAAUUGAAAUUCCAUCCUACUUUCUCUGUCCUAUCAGUCUAGAGAUUAUGAAAGACCCCGUUACAAUCUCAACUGGUAUAACAUAUGAUCGGGAGAGCAUCGAAAAAUGGCUGUUUUCUCAGAAAAAUAACACCUGCCCAGUAACGAAACAAGUUGUUAUUGGUUCAGAAUUGACACCAAACAUCACUCUCCGGCGGUUUAUCCAAUCAUGGUGCACCCUCCAUGCUCCUGACGGCGUCAAGAGGCUUCCGACCCCGAAAGCUCCAAUCAGUAAAACCCAACUUUUGAAGCUUUUCAAUGAUGCCAAGUCUCCAAAUAUGCAAAUGAAGUGCUUACAAAGACUUAGAUCCAUUGCUUCUCACAACGAAGCGAAUAAAAGAUUCAUGGAAACAGCAGGCACGGCCGAGUUCUUAGCUUCGUUAAUCGUGAAAAAAGACGUAGAGGCAUCUUCAGCAGAAGUAUCAGAAGAUGUGAUUGAGUUGAGAAGAGCCAGUAAUGAAGCCUUAAGCAUUCUCUAUCAUCUCCAGCUAUCGGGAUCCGGCCUUAAAUCUCUCUUGGAGAGUAAUAUCGAAUUAAUCGAGUCCUUAACAAGCAUCAUGCAAUCUGGGAACUAUGAUUCUCGAGUCUAUGCUGUCAUGCUUCUGAAAUCCAUGUUCGAAGUAGCUGACUCAAAUCAACCAAUCAAUCUGAGAACCGAAUUUUUCCUCGAAUUAGUCGAUAUAUUGAACGAUCAAAUUUCUCAGAAGGCAUCAAAAGCCACACUGGAAACUCUUAUCAGUGUAUGUCCAUGGGGAAGAAACAGAAUCAAAGCAGUGGAAGCUGGAGCAGUGCCUUUGUUGAUUGACCUUUUACUUGAUUCUUCAGACAAAAGGGCUUCUGAAUUGAUGCUUAUGGUGUUGGAUUUGUUAUGCCAAUGCGCCGAGGGAAGAGCUGAAUUGUUGAAUCACAGUGCAGGAUUAGCCAUUGUUUCGAAAAAGAUUCUUAGGGUUUCGUCUGCAGCAAAUAAGAGCGGUAUAAAAAUUCUACAUUCGAUAUCGAAAUUCUCUGCAACUCCUGGAGUUUUACAAGAAAUGUUGCAGAUUGGUGCAGUGACAAAAUUGUGUCUUGUACUUCAAGUUUUUGAUCGAGGAUCAAAGACAAAGGAGAAAGCAAGAGAAAUUCUUAAAUUGCAUGCAAGAGCAUGGAGGAAUUCUUCAUGCAUACCUACGCAUUUGUUAGCUUCAUAUCCUUCUUGAGGUGGAAUUUUCUUUUUCUUUUUUUCUUUUUUUAAUUUUUAUGUCUGUGGGUGUCUGGACCAAUUUAUGCGAACCUCGACUAAUCCCACGGAACCCUAAAAUUUACAGUCGAGUACUCACCUCAUUAUCCAUGAGGGGACUCGAAUUAGUGACCAUUGGGGAGUAAACCAAAGGCCCGAUCACUGAACUACCUCUUAGAGUUCCUUCUUGAGAUGGAAUUAUAAUUAGGAAAUAGAAAUAAUUAAUUUAAUUGCAUAAAUUUAUGUUCAUAUAAUUAAAAUUCUAAGCCAAAAUGUUGUCCGUAUAUAAAUUUCAAUUUUAUAAACAAUUAUUGUAUUAACUCUUUGGAAAGUUGGGUUUUAAUGGGAAAGGUUCACCUUCUUGUC